CACUCCAGGCAGUCAACUCCGCCCACUCACUAUUUAAACCACACAUGUCACCCGGCGCUCAGCUUCACACUGGAGAACUUGAUCUUGACCAACACGUUUGGAUUCAUGGGAAAAACUUCCAGCUAAACUCAGACACCGAGCUGUGAUCACCUACAAGGUUUCAUCUCCAAUCUGCCAAGCUUGGAUAUCUGGACCCAGCAUCUUUAAUUUUUUUUUUUUUUAAACCAUCAUUUAUUUAUUUAUUUAUUUAUCUUCUUCCCACUCUUUGGGAUUUAAACUUCGCCCAGUCCCGGAGGUUGCCCCCUCCUUCCCAGAGAGAGGGUGUAAAGUUAAAGUUGGCCCGGAGAUGCGGUCCUUUCUCCCGCUUACUGUGUAUUGCAUCAGCCUGGUUUCCCUCCAGCAGCUGCUGGCUCUGCCGGCAGAGGAGCGUCCCGACACGAACAGGUUGGAUCUCCUCAACAAACUGGCUGGCCAGAGAGAGGAUGGUUCCUUAACGCCAGGAAGCCAAACUAACGGCAUUGUUCCAUCUGCAGCCGCCAGCCAAUACCCAGAAUGGCUGCCUGGUUUUCUAAGACAUGUACCAGCAUCGGGAGCGAAAGCAGCCUUUCCUGGUCUGGCAUGGGCACGACCUGCUAAGGCUUUGAAAAUGGAGCACAGGGCACUCAGGGCUCGUCGCCAUGUCCACUCGGGAUCACGAGGGGGUCAUCACUACCCUCACCACGCCCAGCUAAUGAGAGUGGGUUGUGUCCUGGGAACCUGUCAAGUCCAGAACCUCAGCCAUCGACUCUAUCAGCUCAUUGGCCAGAGCGGCAGAGAGGACUCGUCUCCCAUUAAUCCUAGGAGCCCCCAUAGUUAUGGAUGAGUUAGUUGAUACCUUCAAGCACCCACAGCAAGUCUAUCUAUAUUUCCAUUUAUUUAUCUCUUAAUGUGUUACUGGUAGUCUUUGCAUUAGAAUUUGAUGUAGUCCAUAACUUCAGUUACAUUCAUCUUAAAUCACCAUUGCCUCUACUUUUUGUGCUCAAGUGCUGGAUUUGAAGAAUCAGAUUCAAGAUCAUGACCGACUGAAUCCUCUUUGAAUCCUCCAGUCUGAGUUCUCCCACCGUCCUGAAAACAUUUUGAAGGACAUUCAGCUCUUCUUCGAUUCUCCCUCCCAGAAGUUCAAAAGAGGCCAAGAGGCCUUGGACUGAAAUUUUAAUCCUGUUAAUGAGAUAACGAAGGCUUGUCUUCAACACUAUCCAGUGGCCUGGUCCUGUCUGACAACUGACCUCCCCAGUGGUGGUUAUCCAGCAGCUCAUUGAUCAAACCCUUAAGCCCCUAAUGUGGAUUUCAAGCUGCUGUCUGAGCCGGAGAAUUGCCGAAAGAGAUGUAUUCCCAAAGACCUUGUAAAUGACCCAAUGAACCCUUUCACCUCUCUUUUUGCCCCCCUUUUGGCCGACUUUGGAGCUCAUAUGCAAUUUAACAUGAACAUCCUUAAACUCGUCCACAGGAUCUAAGCUGAACUGGGAAUUCAUCAUUCAGCAGGACUUUAUGUUUCAUGACCAUGGUUUAUAUUUGACACCAGCCACAGCACUUCAGUUAUACCAGAGCUCAAUAGCAUUUUGAGUCUGAACUUCAACACAAAAAAUUACACCAAAAAAGACAAAGGAGAGGGUCAGAAUCCCAAGGUUUGGAAGGAAUGCAAACAGAAACUGAGUCCCCUAAGGAUCAGUUUCAUUUUUACAUUACAGUGCCCAGUUGGCUGACACAGUAGGCUACAAAGUGAACCUUGAAGCCAUGGAUCAGUGCCCCACUGCUGGCAUUUUCCCUGCCGGAGGCCAAGUCUGAAAUAUUAGCCUUUUCACGUGAUUCAUAAGUUCUCCUUGCAAGUCAGGACUUUGGGCUGACAGCAGUUUAAUAAACCUGACCUAAUCACUUCAGUCAUAAGUACCACCCCAGCAGGAAGGGGGGCCUGAGCCUCCCACAGCCUGCAACACUAACACAUACAUAAAAAGAACACGGCAUUCACAAAUAUGCACACAUGCUGGCUUGAAGUUUACACAUAUUUAAAGGUUCGUUCACCAAAAGAGCAAAACAAAAAACCUAUUUUACCAUAAAUUACAGAUUCUGUCUGUAGAUUUCACAGUUAUGCCUGCUCUAGAAAACAGAUGUUACUGUUAAAUCUUUACUCUUUUUUGCAGUGUUAUGAGCACCCCAAAGUAACAUGGCACUCUUUUUGUUGAACUGAGCCAAAACAGUAAAAUAACUUACAUGGGACCAAUUAGGCAAAGUGGACUGGGGGAGUUUUGUAAAAGCGGUGCCAACGGUUUGUGUGUACAAAUUAAUAUAUUACAGUUUUACGACCAAGUACUGUGGUCCAAGAGAUGUUUAGGGCAUGACUUUCUUUUUUUUAAAAAAAUAAAUAAAUAAAAAA